AUGGAGACACAGGUUCCUCAGGCUCUCCCUGAGGUCUCAAUACCAUUCAGGCCCCCAAAAUGUGUUGAAGGUGAAUUCUUUGUGCAAUUUACUAAGGAGGAGUUGGAUCGUUCGGCUGUUCCUUUUCGGUUCUCUAUGGUUUUAAAAUUCUUAAGGCAAAGACCUUCUUUGGAUCGCAUCAGAGGGUUCAUUCAUAGCAGAUGGGGAUUAACGAAACAGCCAGUCGUUUCAGCUAUGCGGAAGGCUCAGAAUGUCUUUGUGCGAUUUUCAGAUGAAGAUGAUUUCUUGAAAUCAUUGUCCCGUGAAAGCUGUGAUAUUGAAGGGGUUGCUUAUAGACCCUUUCAAUGGUCUACUGAUUUUACUGAAGAUGACGAACCAUCAUUGGUUCCAGUUUGGAUCAUGUUGCCCGGAUUACCUCCGAAUCUUUAUCAAGAAGCGUUCUUGCGGAAUAUAGUUGCACUGAUUGGAAUCUUUUUAAGGAGAGAUAAUGCGACACGCUGUGCAACUCAUACCGAUGGUGCAAGGGUGUGUGUUCUAAUGAAUAUCGAUCAUGAGCUGAUUCAUUCCAUUUGGAUUGGGACACCGAGACAUCCUACAAGCAUUUUCCAAGAAAUUGAGUAUGAAACACUGCCUGCAUUUUGUUCCGUGUGCAAGGUGCAAGGGCAUAACGUAAAGACAUGUAAGGCAAACAAGAAAGAAGGAAAGAGCAGCAAGAGUUUGAAGGUGAUUAAGUCAAGUAAAGUCUGGGUGCCAAAAGAUAAAGAAGAUGAUGCGAAGACUACAGAUCAUUCGGAGAAAACCACAGAGUCCCCUGUUUUGGCUUUGGAAGAUGUUGAGAUUGAGGUGCCGGUCUUGGAUGGUGGCAAGGAUGUAGGGAAGUCGAAGUUGGGGUCUGAGAGUGUUAUCGCAGAAAUGGAGGCCCCCGAGCAGAGGUUGAUCUGUGGAGAGGCUAGCGGGACUUUACCAGCGGAGGAGUUGGUCUUUUUACCAAUAAUAACUCAGGAGAUGUCUGCUGGAGUUGGUGGCCAUUUAGAACCCAGAAGGGAGGAAUUCAUCGAGCCAAUUCCAGUAGUGGAUGUUGCUGUGCAGAAAGACGAUGCUGUAGUGGGUGGCCAAUUAGAACCAAGAAGGGUGGAAUUCAUCGAGACAUCAUCUGUAGCGGAGGAUGCUGUGCAGCUAGAGUCCAGAAUUGACGUGGUGUCAAGCGGGAAUAUCCCAGUAGCAGAAGGAGAGGUGCAGAUAGACACGGUAGAUUUGCAGAUGGAGUCCAAAUCUGAGGAUGAAGAACCGUUUAGGGAUGAUUCUCAGUUGAAUUAUUGGAAGACGUUUCUUGAAUUUGAUGAGUGUCUUUCUAAUGCAAAUCAAGAAGGUAAUGGCUUUUCUUGGUGUAACGGACGAUUAGGAAUGGCGCGUUCAUGGGCUAGACUGGAUAGAGCUUUAUGUAAUUCCAAGUUUAAGGAUCUUUAUCCGUCGGGUAGAAUUCAAUAUCUUCCUAGGAGGACUUCAGAUCACUCCCCUAUGGUGGAGGUUAAUGGUACGGGUUUGUGGAAGCUAGCUGCUAAAUUGAAGAGGUUAAAAUUGGUUCUUAAAUCUUGGGACAAGGAAGUGUUUGGCUGGACAGGAAAGCAUAUUAAAGAGUUAGAAGCUAAAGUGGAGGAAGGUGAAUUAAGACUUCAAGAAUGUUACUCAGAGGAUGUAGAAGCUGAUGUUUUAGCGAACAAGGUUGAGCUUGAUGUCUGGUUACAAAGGGAAGAGUCUCGUAUUGCUCAACAAGUUAAACAAAAGUGGGUAUCGCAAGGUGAGGUUUCGACUGCUUUCUUUAAAGCUUUGCAGAAUAACAAACAUAAUAUGGUAGUAGAAAUGAAGCUCUCUGAUGGCAGAGUGCUUAACUCGCCUGAAGAUAUCCAUGAGGCUGCGUGUGUUUAUUUUGAGGAUUUCCUCAAAGCUAAAGCAAACAGUUCUGUGCCAGAUCUGGUUGGGUUAAUUUCUGAGGAAGUUUCGGAGGAGGAAAAUCAAUUUUUUGGUAGUAUCCCAUCGGUUGGGGAAGUAAAAGAUGCACUUUUUUUCUAUUCCGGUGGAUAG